AUGUCGGGCGACAAUGUCGGCUCGGAGAGGACGCCUCUCUUGUCCUCGUCCCCCCAUCAUAACACCACUGCCACCACUUCUUUAGAAGAAGAGCAGCAGCAGCAUCCAGGAAGUUCUCUGUCCAUUUCGCCCAAGCUAGACAACCAGGGGGACCUCUCUGUUCUCCGUGGCUUCCUCAUCUGCCUCUCCGUCUGGGUGCUGAUCUUCAUCCUGACCAACAACGUCUCGCUCAUCACCACCAUCCAAUCGCCCAUCGCCACGGAUCUCGGCGUGUCCAGCGAAGUCAGCUGGUUCACGUCGGCCUACCUCAUCGCCAUCACCAGCAUCACCCCGGUGGCCGGCCGUCUGUGCACCAUCUUCAGCCCGCGGGUGUACCUCCUCGCCUCGGUGGUCGUGGAGGCGGCCGGGCUGUUCAUCACGUCGCGGGCCCGGUCGCUGGCCGUGUUCCUCGUCGGCCGCGCCGUGACGGGCGUGGGGAGCGCCUCGGUCACGCCCGUCGCCUUCAUCCUGGUCACGGAGCUGACGAGCCCGCGCCGCCGUGGCCUGUUCUUUGGCUGCAUCAACACCGGGUACACCACGGGUGUGGCCUGUGGCGCCAUCAUCGCCGGCGCCCUGGAGCCGCUGGUCGGCUGGCGCGCCGUCUUCUGGCUCCAGAUCCCCUUCGCCCUAUGCGCGGUGACGGUGGCCUUUUUCGCUAUCCCCAAACCGAAGAAGACUACGUCGGAGGAGGAGGUGGAGGAGUCGCUAGCUAAGAAACUCUCGCAGAUCGACUACCUGGGCGUGCUGUCCAUCAUCGCCGCCGUCGUGCUGCUCCUCUACAGCCUCUCGUCGCCUCGGAUCAAAAUCACGCCGAUCGUGCUCUCGCUCGCGUCGUUCAUUCUCUUCCUCCUCGUCGAAGCGACCUGGGCGAGUCAGCCGAUCGUGCCGGUCUCGGUGCUGCGAUCGCGCGGCAACAUCCUCACGGGCGUGGCCACGGUCGGGAUCAUGUCGGCGCGCUGGGGCGUGCUGUUCUAUACGCCGACCUACGUGCUCACGCUGCGCGGCUGGCCGCAGACCCAGGCCGGGCUGACGCUCAUCCCGACGAACCUGGGCUUCGGGCUGGGCGGGCUGCUGGCCGGAGGGCUGCACAUCCGGCGCACGGGGUCGUUCUACGCGGCGUGCCUGGUGACGUUCGUGCUGUUCGCGCUGUCCAUGUUCGCCGUGUCGUGGAUCUCGACCCCGACGUCCAACAUCCACCUGUACCUGGGGGUGCUGUUCCUGAACGGCUUCCUCGUGGGCGCGCUGCUGAACUACUCGCUGGCGCACGUGCUGCACCUGACGCUGCCGGCGACGCACAUCAUCGUGAUCCCGCUCAACGCCAUGUUCCGCAGCCUGUCGGGCUCGUUCGGCUCGUCCGUGACGGGCGGCCUGUUCCUGCGCGCCCUGCAGCAGGCGCUGACGCGCGGCUUCGCCGAGCGCGGCAUGCUCACGGACCGCAAGGCCGCGCUGAUCCGCCAGCUGGUCGGCACGCCCAUCCUGGUCCAGCGCCUGACCGGCGUCGACCGCGAGGUCGCCCUCCUCGGCUACGAGCACGCCCUCCGCACCAUCUACAUGGCCGGCGGGGCCUGGGCGCUGUGCAUGUUACUCGUGCAGGCGGGCACCGGGUGGACGGCGCCCGAGGCCGUCAAGGACGAAGAGGGUGCGGGCGGUGACGAGGGGCGGCGGCACGACCGUCUGUCCCCGGUCGUGUCCAGGGAACCGGUGGCGAGUUAG